CUCCAAUACGUCAACACAAAGCAUGUAAAGGCAUUUAAAAUUGAUAUCCGGUUUGUCUAUGAUUUUAAUGGAAAUGAAUAUGAUGUUGGUGCGGGUGAAGCUGCAAAAGAAGCUGUUGAUGAAGCAAAGAUUUUAAAUGAUGAAUCCAAGCUUCUUCGAGAAGGAAAAGAUGUUUUAGAUCGUAUAUUACACACGGUGAUCCCUGAUGAUGAUGCCAAGAACGCGAUAGGACAUACAAUUCAAAUCAAAGGACUUUGUGCUCAAGUAAUCUCUGUAUAUCUGAACUCCAAUGGGCUCUAUGUUGCUAAGCCAUUGUUUAAAAUACAUUUCCCCGCAUCAUUGUUGCUUUUGAAUGAUUUUUAUGAUGAUUUGAGAAAUAUUUUCCAUUUUGCACGCUUAUUAGAAGACAAUGCCAAGUUAUAUGAAUCUGCAAUAAACUCAAGGAAAAGAAGAUUAUCCUGCAUUGAUCGAUUUAAGAUCACCACUAAAACCACUAUUCUAUUUAAGGGUGAUAUUCCAAUUUCCCAUACCCUUAAAUCCAACGAUUUGACAGUGUAUCGACUACUGUAUACCCCUUCACCCGGGCCUACAGUAGAAGAAAAUGAAUCCGACGCUGAUGAAAAUGGUUGGGUCUUGAUGCAAGAUGGAAAAUGGUUCCAUCAUGAAGCUAAGAUUAAUUUGGAUAGGAGCCCAUACGAGGAGUAA